AUUGUUGGCCAUCCACUAAUAGCAUUCAAGUUGUACUUGAAUACGUCAAGACUAAGGAACAUUGCAACGGCGGUAGUACUAUGGUAUUAUUUAACGAGGUGCUAACAUCACAAUGCCAUCAAAACUCGCUUCCAACCCACUUCUCUCACCUGAAGGACAUCAGAUCAUUUUGUUCAUCAUCUGAUCUAUCAUGUCUUCGAAUUCUAGUUGGACACCAGACGAAUCGUCUGCAACCCUUCUCGCAGAGAAAGGUUGGCUGCAGGGUACAGUAGUUAGCGCCGUUGCAUAUGGCAUCGACGUCACACUGUUCUUUAUGUGCUUCCACCUCCUCUUCCGGCAGAUGAACAGCAAGAACUACAAAAAGCAGCUGCCCCUACUCGUAUACAUCACCAUAACUUUUAUUCUCAGCACCUUAUUUAUGGCAGCGCUGGCCGAUUUUACCCAACUCGCAUUCAUUCAAUAUCGCAAUUUUCCAGGUGGUCCCAGCGCAUAUGAGAAUGUCAGCAUGCCUAUCGACAAUCUUUCUGACAUUUGUGGUUUUCUAACGAUGAUCAUGUCCGAUGGGUUGGUUGUUUGGCGUUUCAAGGUGAUUUACAAAGGGUGCACGGUGCCAAUGUGGAUCAUCAUGGCGUUCCCAUGUGUGCUGUUUGCUGCAUCCAUCGCUACGGGUAUAAUGUGGUUGCUUCAAGUAACAGCAAGUUCCCCAUACUUCUCCUCGACUAGCAUCAACUACACCGUUCCAUAUCUCAGCCUCUCACUCGCACUGAACAUCAUCCUCACGAUCGCUAUCGUAAUUCGCCUAUUCACAUAUCGUCAUCGCAUCACCAGAGUUCUUGGCCCUGGCUACGGCACUCAAUACACGUCGAUCGCCGCGAUGAUAGUUGAAUCAGCCGCUCUUUAUUCCGCAUUCUCGGUGGCAUUUCUGGCACUCUUCCUUACAAACAAUCCCAUUUCAGAGACAUUUAUUGUGUCGCUGACUCAAGUUCAGAUAAUCGCAAUGUUGCUCAUCAUUUUCCGAGUCGCACAAGGGAAGGGUUGGUCUCAGGACACUAUGUCCAAGGUCAUGACCUCGAGGCCAUCAACGCAAGCAGUCCGUAUGGGUGAUUUUGGGUACAAUUAUCAGGACGGCUCUAAAACCUUCGCCGGUUCCACUGGCACUGGGGCACAUGCGGCCUACAAGAGUGACCGCGAUUCAUCGGAAGUGGCUGUGUGAGCAAGCAAGCUUAGAUAUCUACUGAGAUAGUUGUAGAAUGCCCCAGGUUAAGGUGAAUACAUCUUUAAAACAAAAUUCGUAUUUAGUAUGCUUUGAUAUUGGUAUGGACUUUAGGAUUGAAUUGUCUGUACUUACGAUUACCUUGAACAUAAUGCACCCAGCCUUGACAUAGUCAAACACAUCGAUAUUGACCCCACGGAAGAUAGCGUAUCAGUGUCCGACUAACUAGUACUAGCCCCAUCAUGCCCUUGAACUAAUUUCCGCAGAUAAGUAACUAAUUGGCAAUUAAGAUAUUGAUCAUCGGACUAGGCCGCCUUUCAAAUUUCAGCCUCACCUUUGCCUUCUAGAUACGAACGAAGGCACCUAAAUCAUCUCCGAGGCUGCAGGACCUGUAUCUGAAGCAACCCCAUAUUAAUACUUAUGAAUGAUGAUGAUCAGUUCCCGU